AUGCAGAUCUACCACACGAAGAAUGUCUGCAUCCCGAAGAAUGAAGACAGAAGGAGAGCAUGGUUGAAAGCAAUAAAUCGGAAAGAUUUUGAUCCUAGGGGAAAGGAAUUGGUUUGUUCAAUUCAUUUUAUUGAUGGAAGGCCUACAAAACUUAACCAUUACCCUUCAAUUCAUCUUGGAUAUGAAAGAGAAGUUAAACCAGGACGACGUGUACCUUUGUCCAAUGUCGCCCAGAACUAUCAAGAGGAAGAUGUUGAUAUCUGUACUGAAGAGAUUGAUUGUUCAUUGGAAGUUUUACCAUCUUUUAACAGUAUUACUACUUCUGUACAAACAGAUGGUAUUAUUUGUCACAGUCCAAGUGAUUUUUGUUCAAGACUGGUGAAUACCAGUGAAAUGUCUACUCAGACCGAACAUAGUUAUUCUAUUUUAAAACCCACAUAUAAAGCUGUUUCCACUCAGCACACAACUGCCGAAUUUUCUAGUAGUAUUUUGAAAACAGACAGUGACUCCAAAUUUUAUACUGGUCUUACACUUACAGUAUUAUUGUCCAUCAUCUCUUCAUUAUCAUCAUUUGGGGAGAAAUUAUCAUUUAGCUUACCUGUUUUUGACCAGAUUUUGUUUAACUCUUGUUCGUUUAAGAUUGGGUGUAGCCUACAAGGAUAUUGCUCGCAGAUUUAA